AAUGCUCUCUUUGAUUAUCUUAGGCCUCUCGCUAUUGGCGUUGGGCUGGUACUAUCUCAAACAUCAUUACUCAUAUUGGGAACGACAAGGCUUUCCCACCGAUAAAAAUGCAUCUAUUCCUUUUGGAUGUCUCGGUAGCGUCUGGAGAAGAGAGAAGGCCAUGGGCUUGGCUGUACACGAUGUUUACUUAAAGAGUAAAGAACGUUUUCUCGGCACCUAUUUACUUUUCCGUCCGGCUGUACUAGUGCGUGACGCUGAGCUAGCUCGACGAGUGUUGGCUCAAGAUUUCGCAAGUUUCCACGAUCGCGGCGUUUAUGUUGACGAGGAGAAGAAUCCAUUGUCGGCAUCGAUCUUUGCCUUGCCCGGCCAGAGCUGGCGUUCUAUGCGACAGAAACUUUCGCCCUGUUUCACCUCCGGCAAGCUAAAGGCAAUGUACAGCACAGGAGAGGAUAUUGGAGACAAGAUGGUGUAUCACUUGAAGAAAGAACUUCCGGAACAAGGUUUCAAGGAAGUGGACCUUAAGGCCGUGAUGCAAACAUAUGCCAUCGAUAUCAUAGCUUCCACCAUCUUCGGGAUGGACAUCAACAGUUACGAGCAGCCAAACAACAAGUUUAAGAAGCUAGUUUCCGCUGCCCGAGUCAAUACUAGAUUUACAGCUCUAUUUGGGAUGCUGAUAUUCCUGGUUCCUUCUGUCGCACGGCUGAUGUUCCGCCUUGGCUUGCAGAACCCUGUUGGAUUAGCAAUGUUAGCCAUUGUUAAGGAGACCAUGGAGCAAAGAGAGAAACACGGCAUUGUGCGCAAGGACAUGAUGCAGCUGCUCAUGCAGUUGAGGAACAACGGCAGCAUCGAUGAGGACGACCACAAAAUCUGGAGCUUAGAGAAGACAGAUGACGGCCGUUUAAAAAGCAUGUCGCUCGAAGCGAUUACCGCGCAAGCUUUUAUAUUUUAUAUUGCUGGUCAGGAGACAACAGGAUCAACAGCUGCAUUCACAAUUUUUGAGCUAGCUCAGCAUACGGAACAUUUGAAGCGUCUUCAAGAUGAGGUAGAUGAGACGUUGAAGCAGAACGAUGGACAAAUUACCUACGACGUGCUGAACAAGAUGGAGUUCCUUGACUUAUGUUUGAAUGAAACGUUGCGCAAAUAUCCUGGUCUUCCUCUCCUAAACCGAGAGUGUACUAAGGACUUUACUUUGCCGGACACGGACCAUGUGAUUAAGAAGGGCACUCCCGUCGUGAUCUCCCUCUAUGGCAUUCACCGCGACCCCGAGUACUUCCCGGAGCCCGACAAAUAUGAUCCGAAUCGAUUUGCAGAGGAGACAAAGAACUACAAUCCUGUGGCAUACAUGCCAUUCGGUGAGGGACCCAGGAUCUGCAUUGCACAGCGAAUGGGCCGCAUUAACUCAAAGCUUGCCAUCGUUAAAGUACUACAACAUUUUAAUAUCGAAGUGAUGAGCAAACGGGAGGUGAAGUACGAAGCCUCUGGCAUUGCCCUUAUGCCAAAGGAGGGCGUAAAGGUGCGUCUCUCCAAAAGGACCCCCGUGUCUCAAUGAAAUAUUUGCCGAAGUUACGAAUUGAAUAAAAUUCGACAAUGCCGCAAAUUCGAUUAGAUAAAAGGCCAUUAAGAUAGUGGUGCGAAAUAGAUAACUAAUAGUAUUUAAACCUCCUUAUCGAUGUUACAAAUAAAUAUAGAGUCGAGUCAGAGCUGUGAAUGUUAAUGGAGUCAACACUUUUUAUUAAAUGCUUCAAUUUGUUGCACUUGUAUUAUCUGUCGAAUUAGUCAGCACAUAAAUUUAUUUAUAAUUAUUACAGAUUAAAGGUAUUUAUUUAAAGG